GGUGCUGAAGGAAAGCGAUUCGUAUCAUUGAUUGUAUAUGGUGUUUACGGUGUUUCGGUUUAGUUCGUAAAACAAAAUGAGCUGUGCAAAACCGUCCCCGUUUCACUGCAUUGUUUGCACGCUGGCAAAGAUACCGUUCACUUCACUGAGCAAAGAGAGCCAGCAGAGAAUCGUACGGAAUGGACGGCCAACGGCACAGAUGCCCCUUAUGCGGGCACGGCACGUACACAUCGACCUGGCCGAGCACGACUGGAUGACCGGGUGUGAUCGAGAACAGAAGCUUUACUGCUGGCCCUGCCUGCUCUUCAACACCUCUGAAGAUGAUGUGUGGGGGAAACGAGGAAUUUCCUACUUUUAUUGUCUAACUUCCACGAAACUGAAUCACGUGAAGGAAGCGUCGCAUCAGGCGAAAAAUAAAACCCUGAAACUGUGGAUUCAAACGGUCGCUGACAUGAGUGAUAGCAGUGAUGAGGAGGAUGUAGAAUGCAUACCUGAGCUAAAUUUUUUGAAUGAAUCCGCAUCUGAUUUGGAGGAAGAGAUCGAUGUAAAACCGAAGGAAGAGCUGUUGAAUGCAGGCAUGUCCGUUUCGCGUGAUCCGGUUGUGCCGAAAACCGGUCAAACGUCAGCAGAAAGUGAUCACGAAAUGGUGGCGCACAAUAUGCAGCACGAUGUCCUUGUUACGGCCCACGAUGUUGUUACGACCCCCUCAACAAGUCCAAUAACAGUUGCCGAAAGUAGUCCUACAAGUAGCCGUUCCUCAACCACUGCUAAACCGCGCUGCAAUACCGAAACGGAUUGUUUUGCGCGCUUACAUCAAAACACGCCACCGGAACGAGACGUCCAAAGAAUGUCACAAAUGGCACCAAACCGUACCGAGAAGUAUCAACUAAAAUGGGUUUCACAUCAACAGAACAUAAAUGUAUCGUUGUCGAAUCUUUACAAAAAUGAUCGUUACGCCGAUGUAAUGCUACUGACCUGCAAUGGGGAUGAGAAUUAUACGAUACCUGCGCACAAGCUCAUUCUUGGGACUUCCAGUUUGUACUUUGCAAACAUCUUCGAUAAGAACUCCGUACCAUCGAAUGCAAUACCCUACAUAGUUCUUCCUCCUGAUCUUACCUAUCGUUCGAUGCAAGUAUUGCUUCAGUACAUGUACACCGGGGAAUCGACUGUCUCAAACGAAAUUCUAAAGGAGGUACUGCGUGGUGGAGAAAUACUAAAGAUUCAUGGACUGUGGAGGAACGAAUGUGCUAAAACAUCUGGCACGGAUGGAUACGUGGGAGAGUCCAACGUACGGUUCGUCAGCCCGGUCACCGUAACGCUACCAGCACAACAGGCAUCCCACAGCACAGUUCAACAGAAACCGUCGCAGGCUACUCCGUUGAUACAAGUAAAUCGCGAUGUCGCAAUCGAUCCGGCCAGAAGGAGACGAGCAACAUCUACGGAAGGCGCGAGGUUGCGGACAGUUUCUGUUCAAAAUCAAGAAAACUCGAGUCAGCGAUUUGAUCACUCAACGCAAGGUGAAGGUGAGGAUGAUAGCUUGCAGCAACGAUUGCAAGGCACGUCGCAUGAGAAUCGCUACUGUCAACGAAAUUAUGUCGAUAAACAAAAUCCUGGCAAUGAUAAUAAUGUGGAGAAAAGAUCUGCUAACGUUGAGACCACACAGGAACCAAACAGUUUACCGCAGGAAUUGUGCAUUCUAAACGUAAAGGCGGAACCGGUUGAGUGGAGUGAUCUUCACGCGGGAGAAUUGGUUCUACCUGAAAGUUCAGAAGCACCUGGGAAAACCGAUGAAGCUGCAAAAAGAAAUGGUGACCAGCUCGAUUCGCGAACAGAAGUUAAAUCUGAAGGGUGUGACGACGUUCCUACGGAUAAUGCGGAAUCAUCGUGGAUACAAUCCCCAUCCCCAUCCACAGAACCACUAACGUACUCUCCGCUAACUUGUGAGCUUUGCAGUGAAACGUUUACUAUCCCCGGCGAAUGGGUCCGUCACAUCGAGGGUCAUAGCGAAACGGCACAAAAUCGACCGAAACGACGCCGUCGAACGGAAGAGGCCACGGAUACCGAUGAAACGGCCACAUUAAGGUGUGAUUUAUGUGCGACAUAUUAUUUUACGCCCGCCGAUUGGGUCCGCCAUAUACAGAGCACGCACACGGAAACCGAACUGGCCGCCUCGAACAACCGCGUUCUUCCAGGACGUCGUACAAAAAGUCGCAGAUCGUCAACAGCCGCUGCUAGCGAUGCGACCACAUCGGAGCAGGAGAAACAAUGCACUGUUUGCAAAAAAUCAUUUCCUUCGUAUGCUAGUAUGGCUAUCCACAAACGAACUCAUACCGGCGAAACACCAUUUCACUGCGAAAUAUGUAACAAGGGCUUCAACGUCAAAUCUAACUUCGUUCGGCACAUGCGGACACUGCACAAUCAGCAGGACGACUUGGAGUCAAUGUCAUCACAAACCGACCGUGAAAGUUGUAGCUCUGAUUAAGUCGAUGGCUAGUGCUCAAUCUGUUCUGGUUUAAUGGCACUACCUGUACUCUCAGCGUGUUCUCCUUAACGACCAUCGGCUGCGAUUAACCCUGCAGAGGUUUACUAGAUGGGGGUCCGCGACAACCGAGCGGUAGCGCCGGUUAGAAAAUAGGCCCAUGAGCGCCGGGGCUCACCACCUCGACGGCGUGGGUUCGAAUCCCAACCGAGACCGGACCCUCCCCUGUACGAGAGGACUGACUAUCCACGUACAACAGGGAAACAAGUCUCGUAAGCCCUUAACGGGCAGGCAUGACCAAGAGGUCGUUACGCCAAGAAGAAGAAGAAGGUUUACUAGACUUUUUGCGAUUUUCGAUAAGGACACCAUGCCAGGUACAGAAUGCAGUCGUUACCUGUUGUGCUUAUCCUCUUUCUUAUUAUUUGAUUGAACUUUUGGACUAGACUUUGUUUAUAGAUAUACUAUAAACAACAGAAAUGGCUGAUGAGGAUCAUUUUAAAAAGGGGUAUAGUUUAACCAGAAUUUGUAUACAUGUAAAAAGAUUUCUUCAUUGUGGGUAUUGAUUGAAUAAACUAAUGCUCCGUAAAUCAAC